CACCUCGGAUUUCGUUGAUUGUAUUUUGCAAUGGUACGAUACAGCGAAAAGUCACACACCGUUUCCGUAUCCACGCACAGGAUUAAUAUCUAAACAGAUUGAGCUUGAUGUGCCAGUAGUAAACAGUUUCGGUUGAAUUUUCUCAAAAACAUUUUCCGUAGAAUGUUUUAGACUGUAAUCAAGUGUGGAUGGAAAAGGCGUGCCUGCGUGUGUGCAACGUUAGUUCAUAAUUUUUGUGCAACAGCUCAAUCGUCGAAUAUUUUUUUUUAAUAGAUUUUUGCAAAUUAUAAUUAACAUCAACACAAUGAAAAGUCAACUUGUUUAUCCGGUCUACGUACUAGCCAGCCAAUCAUUUUGACUGAAUAGCGAGUGAAAAUAAGUGAAAAUGUUUUUGUACGUGAUGUUUGUGUUAAUAGUAGCUCAAUGACGUGGUGCGAAAUAGAUAAAAAAUUGCAUGAGAUACAAGUGGUGUAAUUAGGUCGAUCCGAUAAUUUGUUUAAACCGAUUUCGAUAGACCAAUGAUUCAGAUAUGUCGCCUGUGGAACUUGAGCCUCGCUAGCGUAUUGGCAUUGACCAUAUCGAAUAUCCUGCUGACAGUUCGACUCUUACACUCAAAUGACUGUCCACUGGAAGUGGAAAAUGACGGAUCAAUGAUCCCGAAAGUUCCACCACCAACACAGCCACCAUGCUAUAUAAUUGCCGACACAACUAAUGUCACCGACCAGCCGGUAUUUUUGAAUUUAAAAUUUCAUCUCGGUCGAUGGGAUUCGUUGCGCUUGUACAAAUAUUUUGAUUUCGCUGUGACGGGUGAACGAUUUAAGGAAUUGUCGGAACAAUAUGUUGUGUGUUUGGCAACGCAGGGUUCAUUGGAAAAAUUGUAUUCGUUGGUUCAAGUUGCUCAUCAUUUUUCCGGCCCAAUAUCAGCUGCCGUUUUUGCGGCAGGAAAUGACGAACUUUAUUUGCUCCAAUUAUAUGUAACUUAUCUCCGGAAAUGCUAUCCAGCAAUCCGAAAUUCGGUUAGUUUUCAUUUGGCCGUUCCGAAGGACCGAGCUCCGACGUACCUUCGUGAUGGACUGAACGAAAAAUUUUCUCGAUUCAAUUGUGCUCAACCCGAAACAACGUUAAACGAACUCAUGAAAUAUCGGUCUAUUGAGACAACGAAAUGGCGAACAAAGAAUCCGUAUCCACAAAAUCAUUUACGGAAUGUAGCGCGCAAAGGAUGCCAGAAUGAUUUUGUGUUUUUGACCGAUGUCGACAUCAUACCGAGUAUGAAUUUUGCCGAGAAGUUGGACAAAUUUUUACGGACAGCCAAGUGCCAAAGCGCUAAGUGUGCAUUCGUUAUACCUACAUACGAAAUAGAUAAUCGCGUGAAAUUUCCGAAAGAUAAAUUGGACCUAAUCCGUUUGGCCAAAAAAGGUCUAGCUAGGCCAUUUCAUCAUAAGGUUUUCAUUUACAAUCAAUUUGCCACCAAUUUCUCGAAAUGGGAAUCUGAUUUGGAUAAUACACGAGAGACUCGCAUCAGCUACAAUGUAACGAAUUUCGAAUUUCUGUACGAACCAUUUUAUGUGAGCACCGAUCUGGUGCCGGUGCACGAUGAACGCUUUCUCGGUUAUGGCUUCACCAGAAAUACACAGACAUAUGAAAUGUUUGUGGCUGGAUAUCAGUUUCAGGUUCUGUCGCCCAUAUUCACAUGUCACUGGGGACUGCAGAAUAAGAAAAAUCGACCCGCUUGGCGAGAGCGUCAGAACAAUAUUAACCGUAAAAUUCUGGACAUAUUCAAGAGGGAAGUGUUUGCUAGAUAUCAUAAAGAUCCGUUGAAGAUGAUGCAACCGAAGAAAGCGGCGAAACGAGGACGUGCUAAAUAGGAAUUUAGAUUAUGCUCAAAUUGGAAUUUUGCAAUCAAAUAAAACAAAAAAAAGAAUUUCUGUGAAUUUUUCAUCAUUUGUCGAUACGAAAAUGUAAUUUAAAUAAAAAUAAAAAUAUUUUUUAAUUUUAGUGAACGUGAAUAAAAUGUGAAAUUAUUUG